AUGGCGGACGUCCUUGAUCAAGUCCGUGACGUCGUCGACGGCCAGAUUGACUUCGAAGGCCAGAAGGUCACCGAACUCCUCGCCACCAUCCUCCUCGUCAUCUCUGGGGCCCUCUCGUUCUUCAUCGGUUAUAUCCUCCAAGAUAUCAAACUCGCCGUCUACGUGGGGUUGGGGGGGACAGCCUUAACUUUCCUAGUGACGGUGCCACCGUGGCCCAUUUACAACAAGAACCCAGUCAAAUGGUUGCCCGCAGGGUAUGCGGUGGAUUUGGCAGCAAGCAAGUCGAGUCAAUAA